AUGGCUGGUUUCAAGAGCCUGGCUCUAUUGCUGGCGGCUCAGCUCGUCAAUGCACAAGGUGGCUACCCGGUUCCUCCUGUUGCAGGUCUACCUUUUCCUGGUACCAACUACCCUGGCUCCGAAGUGCCUUAUGCUGAAGCUGGCGCCCAAUUCAACGAAACCUCUCCUCCUUACUAUCCUUCUCCUUGGGGAACUGGUGCCGGAGAAUGGGCAGACGCAUAUGAGAAGGCUAUUGCAUUUGUGUCCAAGUUGACUCUUGCUGAGAAGGUCAAUUUGACUACUGGUACUUGGGAGUCUGAAAAAUGUGUGGGCAACACUGGCUCUAUCCCCCGUCUGGGCUUCAAGUCCCUUUGUAUGCAGGACUCGCCUCUCGGCGUCAGAUUCGGCGACUUCGUCUCUGCCUUCUCCGCUGGCGUUUCCGUUGCUGCAACCUGGGACAGAUCACUUGCCUACACACGCGGUAAUGACAUGGGCAGCGAGCACCGCGACAAGGGUGUAGACGUUAUGCUCGGCCCUGUCGUAGGCCCUCUUGGCCGCGAGCCCGAAGGCGGUCGCAACUGGGAAGGCUUUAGUCCCGACCCAGUCCUCUCUGGUAUCUUGGUCGCCGAGACCGUCAAGGGUAUCCAAGAUGCUGGUGUCAUUGCUUGCACCAAGCACUACAUUCUCAACGAACAGGAGCACUUCAGACAAGGUGGUCCCAACAUCUCUGAUGCCGUCUCUGCCAAUGUCGAUGAUAUCACUCUGCACGAGCUUUACGUUUGGCCUUUUGCUGAUGCCGUUCGUGCUGGCACUGGAAGUGUCAUGUGCUCAUACAACCAGGCUAAUAACAGCUACGCUUGCCAAAACUCCCACACAUUGAACAAGAUCCUCAAGGCUGAGCUAGGCUUCCAAGGCUUCGUCAUGUCCGAUUGGUCCGGUCAACACUCUGGUGUCUCAAGUGCUCUUGCAGGCCUUGACAUGACCAUGCCUGGAGACGUUGGCUUCGACAGCGGAACUUCCUUCUGGGGUGCCAACCUCACCAUCGCCGUACUGAAUGGCACCGUUCCUCAAUACAGAGUCGAUGACAUGGCUGUCCGUAUCGUCGCAGCGUGGUACCUCGUCGACAGAGAGGGCCACCAAGUCGAAAAUGCCCCCAACUUUUCUUCGUGGACUACAAGAACUUUCGGAUACCGUCACUACAUUGCUCAAGAGGGCUAUGAACAGAUCAACUAUCAUGUUGAUGUUCAGGACAACCAUCGUGAUAACAUUCGUGAGGUCGCUUCUAAGGGCACUGUCUUGUUGAAGAACAAGAAUGGUGCUUUGCCCCUUAGUGGCAACGAGCAACUCGUCGGUGUCUUCGGUGAGGACGCUGCCGAUAACCAAUACGGACCUAACGGCUGUAGCGACAGAGGAUGCGACAACGGCACGAUGGCGAUGGGCUGGGGCAGUGGAACUGCCAACUUCCCUUACCUGGUCGCCCCUCACACAGCCAUCGAGAACGAGGUUCGCUCUCACGGCAAGUCCGUCGAAAGUAUCCUUGAUCGCGCCGCCUACAGCCAGAUUGAAGUUCUCGCCCAACGUGCUGAUGAAGUCAACGGCGCUUGUAUUGUAUUUGGAAAUGCCGAUUCUGGUGAAGGUUAUAUCAUAGUUGAUGGCAAUCAGGGAGACCGUAAUAACCUUACUCUUUGGCAAGGCGCUGAGGAAGUUAUCCGCAAUGUCUCAUCCUUGUGCAAGAACACUAUUGUUGUUCUUCACACUGUUGGUCCUGUCCUGAUCGAUGAGUGGUACGACCACGAGAACAUUACCGCCAUUCUUUGGGCCGGUGUCCCCGGUCAAGAGUCAGGCAAUGCCAUCGUCGAUGUACUGUACGGCAAGGUCAACCCCUCUGGCAAGCUCCCCUUCACCCUUGGUAAGACUCGUGAGUCUUAUGGCACCGAUGUCCUCUACGAGUACAACAAUGGUGGCGCAGCUCCUCAGACUCAAUUCGAGGAGGGUGUCUUCAUCGAUUACAGAGGCUUCGACAGAAGAAACGAAACCCCUGUCUACGAGUUCGGCUACGGUCUUUCGUACACCACUUUCAGCUACUCUGACAUCUCGGUCUCGGUCAACACAUCGGCUCCUGCCUACGUUCCUACCACAGGCUACACUGAGGCUGCACCUGUCUACGGCACUAUCUCGAACAACUCUGCCGACUACUUGUACCCUGCUGAUGUCAGACCUAUCGAGUACUACAUUUACCCCUACCUCAACUCUACCAACCUUCGCGCUUCGUCUGGAGACCCCAACUAUGGUAGCAACUACAGCUUCCCUGCUGAUUCCUCUUCGAGUGCUCCUCAGCCUCUUCUCCCCGCCUCAGGAGCUCCUGGCGGCAACCCUGGCCUUUAUGACAUCCUCUACACCGUCACUGCAACCGUCACCAACACUGGUUCGGUUGAGGGAGAGGAAGUUCCUCAGCUCUACAUCUCCCUUGGCGGCCCCAACGACCCACCUGUCGUUCUGCGUCAGUUCGACAAGUUCUCCAUCGCCCCUGGUGCUUCAAAGACUUUCACCGCCCAGAUCACACGCAGAGAUGUCAGCAACUGGAGUAACCAGCUUGAUGACUGGUACAUCAGCGAGUACCCCAAGACAGUCUACGUUGGUUCCUCCAGCAGAAAGUUGCCCCUCAAGGCUGCUUUGCCUGCUAAUGGUGCCACCUCACCUGGCACUGGCAAUGGCGGCUCGGGCAGCGGCGUCUGCCUCCAAGUCUUCGUCGCACUCUUCAUCUUACUCCCACUCGUACUCCCAUACCGCCAGCAAUGGCGGACACAACUCGUGGACCACUUACACUCAGCCCACUGGCUACCACUCGACUUGGUAGAAUGA